UUUGUGUUUGUGUGUGUGUGUGUGUGUGUGUGUGUGUGUGUGUGUGUGUGUGUGCGCGCGCGCGUGUCUGAACGUGAGCAAGUUGAGGGAAAGUGGACGACAUAGCUCGCGCGCUAUUCCUACAAUUAUUAUUUUUUCAAAGCCGAGGAGGAGAAAGUCGAAACUAUUAUGGUUUAUAAAUUUGGGACCUAGGAAACAAGCUACCAGGACUGCCUACGUCGCUAGCAAACUAAAUGAACGCACAAUAACGAAGUCGGUUUUAGUUCAAAUUAGUCUUAAUCAAGCCUGUCACAUAACGGAUUUCGACCGCUAUUAAUGUCAAGAUAUUUACCUGCACAAACUAUGGUAUUGGGGGCUGGUAUUGGGGGCUGGUUAUUCUCUUCAACAAAAGUUGAGUUUGUCAUCAUUGUGUGUGUGUGUGCGUGUGUGAGUGAGUGAGUGACUGUGUGUGUGUGAAUGUGUGUUACUGUUUGCUUUAGUAAGUCUGUGCCUUUUAAUGUGCAAACUGCUGUACAUUUCAAAGUAGUUGUUGCAUGGCUUCACACCAGCAACACAAAUACCUAAGUGAAGAUAGAUAAGCCAUAUCCGUAAAAGUUCAGGAUGUUGAAGACUUUAACCAAGAAGCUAAGAAGACACUCGCUCAACGAGAUUCAUCCUUUUCAAUUUAAGAUUUCCUACCAUGGCAGUGGGGAGGGAGCGGAGAGCGACGAUUCCGAGGGGGAGAACCAGGAGCUUGCACAGAUUGACAGAGAGAGGCGGCGGAACUGCGGCCUCACCCCUCUGGCCACCAGCCAGCAGCACAAUCAGGGUCCCCUAUCUCCGGCACGCCUCCAUCACCUACGCCUCCUUCUAGACCCGACUCUGGACCGUCACUCGUCUGAAGAAGAGCUGGAGCGAAUCAGCCACGGCGUUGGAGACGGCAGGAAGUGGACGCUGCACCAUCGCCACGGUGACCACCCCAGCAGUGCCUCCAGCGACGAGGAGGUGUGGGACCUGUGUGGCUGUGGCCCAGUUGCAGCAUCCUUGGAGCCUGGGACUUGCCUGGCCGCUUCCACCAGCCCGGUGCUCUUUAGCUCAAGCCCACCUCGCAGCCUCAAGCCACCGCCUCCAAUUAAGCUCCAGUUCCAGGGGGUGCAGCCUGCUGCCAAGCCUAUCAUCUUGACCCACUUAGACCAGUCGGCGGCUCCCUAUAGGAAACACAGGCACAGCUACGGGGGAGAGCUGGGGAGGCCAAGUCUGGACCUGGAGAAAAUGCAACAGAAAAUGCUCCUGAAAAAUAACUGUGGUGGGAAAACACGGACCAUAAAGAUCCGGAGCUUGACUGGGACUCGCCCUCUGCCCAGGUAUGCCUACGAUCCCUCAAUAUUUGCCUUCCGGUCCCUCAGCAGGGUCCCUCCUUGCAAUCCCUUGACUCCGUCCGAAGACCCCCCGUGUGUGUGAGGGAAUAACACCAACAAAACCACCCCUUCCUCACUUAUUGACUCUAUAGAAGACUCCCAGACUUCAUACUCUGAAGACGAGACUGAGUUAAAUAAUGAGUAUGGUAUGGUAUGACCGUUAGGACAACUUGACAAUGCCAAUGUUUGAAGGUCAAUAUUGUACUCUCAGAUAAUCCUGCUCUGUCAAAUCAUGCUGUUGCUCGGACAACUGGUUCACUUGACAGAACCAUCUAAGACACUAAGAAUGGGGAGAUCUUAACCCUGAUAUUGGAUGAUGAUGUGAGACGGGGCCAGACGGUAUGUGUGAACAACAAGGCUCCAAUAGAAAUUGCUUUGAAAAUACACCGCUUCACUCAAGCUCUCCGUACCAAGGACACUUCAGGUAUUUCAUACAUUAACGGCUGUCUUUUGGACACAUUUUCAAUGGAUGGUUGUUCUAAAAAUGAAUUAUCAAAAAUAUUUUUGAAGGACAAAACAAGCAUUCGAAAGCAUUCAAAGACCACUCCAAUGCGCUCGAUACAAGGGAAAUGUAUGUUGACGACAAUCAAAGGUCAAAUAAACGCAUGACAGGUUUGUUGUCUAGACCAGGGUUUCCCUAACCCGGUCCUGAGCCCCCCACAUUUUAGUUUUUGCCCUAGCACUACACAGCUGAUUCAAAUAAUCAAAGCUUGAUGAGGAGUUGGUUAUUUAAAUCAGCUGUGUAGCGCUAGGGGAAAAAAACAAAAAAGUGCACUCCAGGGCCCCCCCCCGCCGAGUUUGAGAAACCCUGGUCUAGACGGACAACAGCUCAUUAGGACAACUCAUGAACAGAGGCUUUCUUGACACAUUGCAAGAUGUACACUGCACGAUAUAAGUAAAGAGUCUAUAUUUCGUGAUAUCAACCAGCGCUAAGUGCGUCGAUACUAGGGUCGAAAUGGAGAUCAGCUUUCUCCAUCCAAAUAUUUCCAUAACAUUAUAAUUAUUUCACAAUACUGACGACGGAUCAGCUCCUUGAGAUAUAUUUCCACCUAUGCUGCAAAUAUUGAGCGGCGUAUUCUAAUGCUUUUAAUGCUUACCCAAUACAAAUGCACUAAAUCACUGAUUUGGCACAUCAUUGCGCACAUGUUAGGCUACACAUCAUUAAAUAUAUUUAGAGACAUUAUAUACAGUAGCCUACAUGUAACAAAAUAGAACUCAAUUGAUUGAACAUAUUAUUGAAAACACCUACAGCCUACUAGUUUAUAUUUUAAUGCAGUCAUCUCGGUUUUCACUUUGAAGCAUAUUUUUACACGUCGCUCGUUUGUGUAUCAAUUGCAAAGACAUUUGCAAAUUCGUCUUUGUCGUGAACUUUGUUCUGAAGUUAUCGGCGGUCACAGAGAGAUCAGUCAACCAUGUGAUUCUAUGUUUAGCGGAGAUCUUCUGUUCAUUAAGUGAUGCUAGAGGGCAAAAAAAGCAUCUAAAGUUGCACUUGGCUAUUUUACGAGUGAUCUGAGUCAGGCGUUAGAUUACGAGGGCUUUCAAGUGCAAUGUUAAUGAUAGUUUUGGGAAACAGCUCAGAUAUUUAACGUUGCUCCUACAAAGGGUUUAACGAUGAACUUAGCUUUAAGAUGCUUUUGGGAAACCGGGCCCAGGUCAUGAGAUACUACAAAAUGUAUGACUAGUUCAAGAGGUAACAAUGUAACCCUCAACCUGUUGACGAGUUUGUGAAUAUCACCUUAAGAGGAAAACAGGAUAACAUCAAAUACUUUGUCCUCUUUUCCUGUAUGCAUUUCACUGUGCGGUGGUGCAGAAAAUAAAGGUAUAUGAGCAUGCAAGAAAGGGAGUAUAAGAAAUCUAUGAGAAUAUGACAUGAUUUACUGCUUUAAUUUCAGUGCUGUGUCAUGAGCUUGUGUAGUACGCUAUGCAACACCUUUCUAACUCUGUAUUCCUUUUCUUCGGUGGCACAUCGCCACAUGUAUGAGACAACCAAAGGUCAUCCCAAACGUCUCAUCGUUGUGCCUCUGAAUGACAUUCCUGAUCUAUUGAACGUUAAACUGAGGCUAGUCUUGAAUGUAGGGUCGAUGUGCUAACGUAAUCAGUGACCAGACAACCUAUUUAAGCAUAUGAAUGUAUCCCUUGAUGGACAUGCUGCGAUCAAAACAAUGUCACCAUAACCAAGCUCUGCUAGAGUGAAUGUUGUGCAGCGCUCUGACAUUUCUGUGUCCCUCGCAUAAUUUCUGAAGAAAUAAAUGCUCUGUGGCAU